AUGGCAAUGGUAGUUAGCAGCUGGCGAGAUCCGCAGGAAGACGUGGCCGGGGGCAACCCGAGCGGCCCCAACCCAGCAGCUCAGCCGGCCCGGGAUCAGCAGCAGCAAGCGGCCUCGGCGGCCCCGCACACCCCGCAGACCCCUAGCCAGCCGGGACCCCCUUCCACCCCGGGCACAGCCGGGGACAAGGGCCAGAGCCAGCAGGGCUCGGGCCAGAGCCAGCAGCACAUCGAGUGCGUGGUUUGCGGGGACAAAUCCAGCGGCAAACACUACGGCCAAUUCACCUGCGAGGGCUGCAAAAGUUUCUUCAAGAGGAGCGUCCGCAGGAACUUAACUUACACAUGUCGUGCCAACAGGAACUGUCCCAUCGACCAGCACCACCGCAACCAGUGCCAGUACUGCCGCCUCAAGAAGUGCCUCAAAGUGGGCAUGAGGCGGGAAGCGGUUCAGCGAGGAAGAAUGCCUCCAACCCAGCCGAACCCAGGCCAGUACGCGCUGACCAACGGGGACCCUCUGAACGGCCACUGCUAUCUGUCGGGAUACAUCUCGCUGCUGCUGCGGGCCGAGCCCUACCCCACCUCGCGCUACGGCAGCCAGUGCAUGCAGCCCAACAACAUCAUGGGCAUCGAGAACAUCUGCGAGCUGGCCGCCCGCCUGCUCUUCAGCGCCGUCGAGUGGGCCCGCAACAUCCCCUUCUUCCCCGACCUGCAGAUCACCGACCAGGUGGCCCUGCUGCGGCUCACUUGGAGCGAGCUGUUUGUGCUCAACGCGGCGCAGUGCUCCAUGCCCCUGCAUGUGGCCCCUCUGCUGGCCGCCGCCGGCCUGCACGCCUCGCCCAUGUCCGCCGACCGGGUGGUGGCCUUCAUGGACCACAUCCGCAUCUUCCAGGAGCAGGUGGAGAAACUCAAGGCCCUGCACGUCGACUCGGCGGAGUACAGCUGCCUCAAAGCCAUCGUCCUCUUCACAUCAGAUGCCUGUGGCCUGUCAGAUGCUGCCCAUAUCGAGAGCCUGCAAGAGAAAUCUCAAUGCGCCCUGGAGGAAUAUGUGAGGAGCCAGUACCCCAACCAGCCGAGUCGCUUCGGCAAACUGCUCCUGAGGCUGCCUUCCCUGCGCACCGUCUCGUCCUCAGUCAUCGAGCAGCUCUUCUUCGUCCGUUUGGUAGGUAAAACCCCCAUUGAAACCCUCAUCAGAGAUAUGUUACUGUCUGGGAGCAGCUUCAACUGGCCUUACAUGUCUAUCCAGUGUUCCUAG